UGACAAGACCAAAGCCAGCUGAUAAAAAAAAUAAAUGGAAGUAUCUUGAUUGAUAUAACCUCAAUCUCAACAUACAUUUACAGAAUUAUUUUUUGAAUUGUUUGUUCAUUUUCCAGUUUAUCGUUUAUAAUUAUGAAUAUUAAUAAUUGUGUCAAUCUUAUUGGUAAAGAUUUCUUUCGGGUAUUUUCUAGGGAGUAUAAAAUACGUGCUCUAAAAUCAUGGGAAGGCGGCAUAAAGCAUCAUGGCUUUACUUACUAUCCCAGGUCUCCUUAUGAAGUGGAUAAAAAAAUGGAUCCUCCGAAAUUAUGGAUGGUGCAAAGAAUAAAACCUUUUGCUGGAAACCACUGGAUAUUGAAAGAUAUAUUGACUGCCAUUGGAUUGGGAGUGGAUGCAAAGAUCUCUAAAGUGGUAGCUGUGAAAAACAUCCCGGAAUUCAAUGCCAAGCUGUACAGGAUCAAACACCUAGUCAAGAUCACGCCCAUCAAAUUUAUAAACGGUGAACCAACCGCUGAAGAUAUCAACUACUGCAAUCUCAACGAAUGGGGUGAGUUCACCAUCACCAAAAAAAUAGACUCCAAAAGAUUGGAGCAGACUGAAAAGUUCAUCAACGACCCAAUGCAUUUGGACUCAGACACUAAGAGAAAACAAUCAAGGCUCAAGUGGAUUAAUCCUUGGGAAUAGGUUAGCUGUAGAGAUAAUUUAUUUAGUUUGUAAUUGUGAUAGGCCAAUAAAAUAAUUGUAAAACAAUGAAA